UGUGGACGUGGACACUGGAGUCAAGAAAAAGAAGAAACAGAAACGCAAGAAAGAUAAGGGAGGAGACAAGUUGGAUACUGCUGAUGCCCCGGUGAACACUCUCCCUGCUGAGAAGAUCCAGGAGAUCCAGAAGGCCAUAGAGUUGUUUUCUGUGGGACAGGGGCCAGCCAAGACCAUGGAAGAAGCUAGCAAAAGAAGCUACCAGUUUUGGGACACACAGCCUGUACCUAGACUAGGUGAAGUAGUGAACUCACAUGGCCCUAUCGAACCAGACAAGGACCAUAUCCGCCAGGAGCCCUACAGUUUGCCACAGGGUUUCACCUGGGAUGCUCUGGAUCUAGGUGAUAGAGCAGUGUUGAAAGAACUGUACACUCUGCUCAAUGAGAACUAUGUGGAGGAUGACGAUAACAUGUUCCGCUUUGACUACUCACCGGAGUUCCUAUUAUGGGCACUGAGACCUCCUGGAUGGCUGCCACAGUGGCAUUGUGGAGUGAGAGUUAUCUCCAGCAAAAAACUAGUGGGAUUUAUCAGCGCCAUCCCAGCUAACAUGAAAAUCUAUGAUCUGACCAAGAAAAUGGUCGAGAUCAACUUCCUUUGUGUUCAUAAAAAGCUGCGUUCUAAGAGGGUGGCUCCAGUUCUGAUCCGGGAGAUCACGCGUAGAGUCCACAUGGAGGGGAUCUUCCAGGCAGUUUACACAGCGGGCGUAGUUCUACCCAAGCCAGUAGGCACAUGCAGGUACUGGCAUAGAUCGCUAAACCCUCGGAAGUUGAUAGAGGUAAAAUUCUCUCACCUGAGCCGUAAUAUGACCAUGCAGAGGACUAUGAAGCUGUACAGACUGCCUGAGGUCCCUAAAAGCACUGGUCUGAAGCCUAUGGGAAUCCAUCACAUCCCAGCCGUGCACAAGCUUCUAGCCAUUUACCUUUCCCAGUUUUAUCUGGCUCCAGUAAUGAGUGAAGAGGAGGUGCAGCACUGGCUCCUUCCACAGGAAAACAUCAUAGACACCUAUGUGUUGGAGACACCAGAGGGAGAAGUCACAGACUUCCUAAGCUUUUACACAUUGCCCUCAACCAUCAUGAAUCAUCCCACACACAAGAGCCUGAAAGCUGCAUACUCCUUCUACAAUGUCCACACCAAGACGCCUCUGGUCGACCUCAUGAAUGACGCUCUCAUAUUGGCUAAGUCUAAAGGAUUUGAUGUCUUCAAUGCUUUGGAUCUCAUGGAGAACAAAACUUUCCUUGAGAAACUGAAAUUUGGAAUAGGAGACGGAAAUCUUCAGUAUUACCUGUAUAAUUGGAAGUGUCCCAGUAUGGGGCCUGAGAAGGUUGGUCUGGUUUUACAGUAAUUUCCCCAUAACCAAAUGGGAGGGACAUGGUGUAUAAUGGGCUGCCAGCUGCUCAUCAUGCCAUAGGCUGGGCACCCAAGAGAGCAGCCCCAAGAAGGAGUGCAGGAAUUGUGGGUGCCGCUCAUGAACACAUCAUGCUGAUGUAAUGUGGGAGGGAGGCUUCAGGUUCAUGGAAGUGCAAAGCAGGGAGCUUCCCCUAGCCUGGCUUGACUAAAGGAUAUUUCAGGGUUUUUUUCUUCUCCCUUCCCACUGCUGUGAAUAUAAAAUUGCGACCACUCUUCCCUUCCUGCUGCCAUCCGGUUUGAAGCGGAGUUAUGGCUGAAUAUUAAAGUAUAUAUUAUAUAUAUA